AUGAGGUCAUAUUCAUGGCUUUGGAUUUGGCCAGUCUGGCCUCUGUGCGAGCCUUUGCCACUGCCUUCCUGCACUCGGAGCCACGGCUCGACUUCCUCAUCCACAACGCCGGGAUCAGUUCCUGUGGCCGGACACGUGAGCCCUUUAACCUGCUGCUGCGGGUCAACCACGUCGGCCCCUUCCUGCUGACACAGCUGCUGCUGUCCCGGUUGAAGAUGUGCACCCCCAGCCGUGUGGUGGUGGUCUCCUCAGCAGCCCACCGGCGUGGACGCCUGGACUUCGCCCGCCUGAACCACCCAGUGGUGGGCUGGCAGCAGGAGCUCCGGGCAUAUGCUGACAGUAAGCUGGCCAACGUAUUAUUUGUCCGGGAGCUGGCCACCCAGCUUGAAGGCACAGGCGUCACCUGCUACGCUGCCCAUCCAGGACCUGUGAACUCAGAGCUCUUCCUGCGUCAUGUUCCAGGAUGGCUGCGCCCCCUUCUGUGCCCACUGGCAUGGCUGGUGCUGCGGACGCCGAGAGGGGGUGCUCAGACAUCUCUGUACUGCGCUCUUCAGGAAGGCCUUGAACCCCUCAGUGGGAGAUACUUUGCCAACUGCCAUGUGGAGGAGGUGCCCCCAGCUGCCCGAGAUGACCGGGCAGCCCACCGGCUGUGGGAGGUCAGCAAGAGGCUGGCAGGGCUGGGACAGGAGGAGGAGGAGGCCCCAUCUUCUCUGAGCAGGCCCCACCCUGAGGACCCCACAGUUACUGAGCCCCACACCAACCCUCACAGCUCCCCAGACUCGUCUAAGCUUACACACCGAAGUCGAAUGAAAACUGAGCUUAAAACCUCAGCUUCCUAACCCCCAGGCCGGGUGCUUUCUCUGCCCCUUCAUGGCCUUGGAAAACCCCAGCUGUGUGCCAGGCCAUGCCCUGGGCACUGAAGGUUUCAAGUUUUGCCUCCAUGGUUAGUUACUUUCUGGGGCCUCAAGAUAUAUGUCCUGGACAGCUCUUUACCUGGUGAAAGGAAGUAACACUCACUCUAAGCCUUCCUCUACCCCUUGUUACUCUCUCCUCCCUUCCCACCACGGUGACAGUCACCUCAGAUUUGAGGUGAGAGUAAUGUGGCAGAAACCAUGCUGUUAGGUGAAUUUCAACUCAGUGACAAUGUGAGACAAGAGUAGCACUACCCAUAGAGUCUCCAAGGCGUUCCUCACUAUGGAAACCCACCGCAACAUCUUUUCCUGGGGGGCUGUUGGUAGGUUCCAACCCACCUUUUAGGUUAGCAGCCAGACAUUUACACAUUUACCCACCGGGGCUUGUCAGCUCCAGAUGAAAACCAAUCGCACUGCCGGGGAGGGCGAGUGGAUUCCUACUUUCAUGGUGAGGCUGAGUGGAACGCCCCUUUUGGUUCCCCUGAGGCUCUGCAUCAAGGGAUUAGUAAAUCUGCACCUCUGAUCUUCCCACUGGUAGCUGAGCCAUUUAACCACUCCCCUACCAGGGCUCUCUAGCUCCGGGACUGUGUCUUUUUGAUACACUGUCAACAUUGAGAAUUCCUGAACCGGCUCCUUUGCAAUAAUCACCCAACUAGGUAGUUACAAUUGCUCCCAUUUUGCAGACGGAAUAUUAGGCUCCAGGGCAGGUAAGGGACUCGCCCCACGGUCUCCCAACUAGGGAGGAGCAGAAACGAGGCUAGGGACCCACGCACUCUGGUUCAAAGGCUGAGGCUGGGACAACGGUGCUGGGAAGGGCAUCGGGGCACUGGGCACCGAGUGGGGCAGGGGCGCCUCCCCCGGGUGCCCGCCCGCCAUCCGCAGCCCCGGUAAUAAAGCGUGUUGGUCGCCGA